GUGACGUCAUCACCGCGCGCCCUUUGCUGGCGUGUCGCGCGUGCAUUCCUGCUCCUUUUUCGUUCGAGGUCCACGAAGUGUGCACGUGCCAGCUCAAGGUUAUAACCCAGCUAAUCAUAAAGCUCGUGGAAAAAAAGCAGAAACACACCAGAGCCACAAUGAUUUCAUGUUUCUGCUCAGCAACUGAUCACCGUCCCGGAUAGGAUGGACACCGGGAGAUGUGUAGGUGAACUGAUGCUCAGAUGGCUGAAGGGAGCGGUACCUAGUCCUUUCUGAGGUUUUGUGGAACUACAGUGAAGAUAACAGUACCAAUACAGCAGCUUCUGUCAUGUGGAGAUUGAAAAAUGGCGAUAUUCUGCUUUCAGCUCCCAGGUGCUUUUGUGAGGUCCUCUGGGAUUGUAAACUCCAAUCUCACGCAGGAUUUCUUUCAGUAGAUGCUGAGGAGAAGGCGGGGUGUCAACCAUACUCUUCCAUAUAGAACUGGAUACAUGGAGAGGGGUUAUGAAAGAAACACUGUUGUGAAACACCACAGGCAUCAGAGCAAUCUCAGUUAGAAAAGGUGGAGGCAAUCUUUAUCAUCUGUGUGACAUUUUCUUUAGGACGUCUUAACUCUUGUUGCCACCCACCACCUCCAUGUUAUGCAAUGACAGUCAACUGUAAUUUGCAGUUUCAAAUGGCAAAUGUCUCAUGUAAAAGUCUUUCCUUCAACAACUGUCAAUCAAGUGAUUUAACCAACACCUCAGCAAACUAUGAAUAACUUAACAGCGUUACCAUUUAUAGAAAAUCUUGGCACAGCAAAUAAUGACUGCACUAUAAUUAUCAUCAAUUACCAUUAAAAACAUAUAAAAUUGGAGUGACAUCUGGUUGUGUGUGUAUGCAGUUUAAAGGGAAAUUACUGAGGAAGGAACUUCAGCUGAACAUUUUCACUAUAUUUCUGUUCGUAAAUAGGUCAUUACGUUCAUAUUCAUGAUAUGCAUUGUGAAAACUAACACAAUACACAGUGAUUCGAUAACACCCUCCCCCCCACCCCCCACAGCUGUAAUUAAACACAGCUCUGAUGAGCUGUUACUCAUAGCUCUGUACAAGUUUUAAAAUCUAGGGUAACACUCAGAAUGGCAAAAAAAUCCUACGCUUCAACAUACAGAAUAUGCAUAUGCAAAGUAAAGAGCAUGAAGUUAACAUAUACUGUGAAAGUCAGCAUCAAGUGCCUCUCCAUAUUAAGCAUGUCUAUGUUACUAGUGGUUUUAAAAAGGCUUUCUGUAAACAUGAGCUAAUUAAUGCAUGGUCACAUGGGCUGUACAUUACUGUUAAACCGUCAGACCUUUAAUAAGAGCUGGACACUGUUACAGUGCCUUAGCACAGCCUGAAGACUGAGGUGGAAGACAAAUAUACUUUUACAUACUGUUGGUAAAUAGUCUGCACUUAUAUAGUGCUUUUUUAACCUUAGUGGUUCCAAAGCGCUUUACACUGGUUCUCAUUCACCCAUUCAUACACACACACACACACACACACCAAUGGUAGCAGAGCUGCCAUGCAAGGCGCUAGCUUGCCAUCGGGAGCUACUUUUACAUAAUGUCACAAGGGAAAAUAAAUUUAUGAAACAAACAUCUAGGAUUGAAGUAGAACCAGGAAUCCUCAAUCCUUUCUGUUACUCUGUUAUAUAUUCUGGUGUGUGUGUGUUGGGUCCUUUUCUGUUUUGGACAAACAGUUGUGUAAAGUUUUAGUCUGAAUUUAUAUUUGUAACACUCCGUUUAUGGAUUUUAUUUUAAAUAAACAAAAAAAGGUACUGAAAGUUUGCCCAGCCCGAUCAGAUGGAUCGAAAAAAUAAUUGACUAACUAAUCAAUUACGAAAAUAAUCGUUAGUUGCAGCCCUAGAUCAGAGUGCAAGGUCAGCCAUGAUAUGGCACUUCUGGAGCAGAGAGGGUUAAGAGCCUUGCUAACUCAAGGUAGCAAUGGCAGUUUGGCUGUGCUUGGGCUUGAACCCAUAACCUUCUGAUCUGUAGCCCAAAGUUUUGAACCGUUGAGAUAAAAACCACUAAAUAGUGGUGUUAACUGAAAUGCAGUCCAUUUGGCAUAUUGUAUUUUAGCUGGAGAAUGCUAGUUAUCGAAUGUGCCUAAACUGUAACAACCUUGUUCUUCACUGAUUCAUUGGUUUCCUCCCACCUCUAGAAAACAUCUCAAUAGGUAGAUUGGCUACUGUAAACUGCCCCAGUAGUGAAUGUGUGUGAGAACGUGUGGGUGCAUGAUGCCCUGUGAUGACUGGAGUCCUAUUCAGAGUGUAUUCCUGCCUGAGUGUUCCUGGGAUAGGCUCCGGAUCCACUAUAACCUUGAUCAGGAUAAAGCGUCUACUAAAGAUGAAUGAACAACUGUAUAAACUGUUUGUAGUGGCUGAAUUGUAUGGCAGCACAUUCUCAUGUGUUGCCAUUUGUAAAUGAAUAUCUCAUUUAUCACAAACACCAUGGUGUUUUGUUUUUUUGUUUUUUUUAAAUUACAACAGGAGUCUUAGGAGUACUCGAAACUGCCUUUUGGAAUUCCUGCCAUGUUAGCCCCCUAACAAAAGCCUCUCAUAUCCAAACCACUCAAAUUCAUAAGUAACUUCAGAAAAACAAAUUCUAUUUGCACAUAGUUACAAAAGCCCUUCUACUAAAGUCUGUUCACUUGGCAGCCAUCUUGGCAACAAUUCUGAGCAGUUAUUUUCUGUUAAGAACCAAGCUCGUAUGUACUUGAGUGGAAUGAGACACAUACACGAAACAUACUAAGAUGACAUUUCAAAUAUGGAUUUCAAAUAGCUCUUGGUCUUAAGAUCUGACAAAAAUUGUGCAAGUAAGAUGUACUCUUUGUCACUUAUAACACAAACAAAACAAGCUGCGUUUCUACAGAAAUUACCCGGAAUAAUUAGUCCCAGGAACUUUUUUCAAGGGAUCAUUUGGUUCCUCCAGACCUUUGUUGUCUGUGUUUCCAUCACAGUCUAAAGUACCAUUAAGAUUAGGCAAAUUAGUCUGGUUGGAAAACCACUUGUUGGUCUGCGCCGUUUUCAUCUGUGAACACUGCCCAGCUCACUUAACCCACUUGAUAUUUUUAAGUAUGCUUUUUCAUUGCGGGUCACCAUUUCCACUUCCCGUUGUAUUUCGUCCUCGGCACAAGCACUUAAUAAGGCCUGAACCUUGUCAUCAGUCAAUCAGUCGUAUUUUUUUUUAAGAAACUCCAUUGUAUUGAUUCGAAUCACAAUAAACAACUGUUACUGUACGCACCACAACAGACUUUUAAAAACGGUGGUUGAAAUAAAAUGCAUGCACUCAACCAAUCAAAAUGCUGUGUGCAUUAUACGUCAAUUUCUUCCAUUUUUUGAUACUAUAUCAAAAUCAUUACAGCCUCAGUAUUUGUCAGCUUUUCCAAUCUUACCCAGUAGCCUGUACCAAGUCUCUUUGUAUCAAAACCAUUUGUAAAUGCUUGAACUGUUUUCCUAUUAAAUUUCAACAAGUGUCCAUCGAGAAAUGCCGACUGUAACUUGAUUUCCUAUAAAGCUGAAGAAAGGCACUUGAGAAAUGCUAUUUCUUCACAGUUAAGAGCUCUAAAAGCUAUUAAAGUACAUGCCCUAAAUCUGGAGGUGUUUAUUACUUUACAUGAUCAAAAGAUUACAGUCACUUAUGAUUAGGUAUGGUAGAACCCUCAAUGCCUAAAACAAUAGAAUUUAGAAAAGAAUUCAAAAAUCCUGCGUGAUUUCAAAAAUUCUAUAGUAAUUUUGAGUUAUUAUAAACAGAGGCUGCAACCCUGAAGUUACACCUUCUAUCCAAGUCUAGGAGUAGUCUUUUUGCUACUUUCAGAAGGCACACUAUUGUCAUGUUGGUGCGAAAGAGCUCAGCUCUCCUGACCCAGGGCAAAACAGAUCAUUUGAACUGACUGACAGUUCCAUUGUUGACAGACACAGCUGACAGAAAUACCUCAAUGGCCAAGUGCAGAGAAUGACGCCAGACACAUUAAGACAACGGUCUGUAUAAAGGCAUGUCUCCUUAGCAACAAACAGACGUUGCUUAAGCUGUUUAUUAUUGUCAGCCCACAUUCUUACGGUAAUAUUUUAAAAUAUAUUGAGUCCUAACCCUGGGAGUGUUUUUAUAGGCUAAUGACAUAGUGCAAUAUCUCUUGUGUAACAUAUUUUGAGGCAGCUUGAGGUUAAUUUUGUGGCAGCUAUUUCCUCAGCUGUUACAUAGAUAUGAAUCAAAGCCUCUGCCUUAAAUGAUUAUUUGAGUGCUAGUAAUUAAAUUUCUCACCAGGAUGUCUACAAGCAUCAUAAAGAAGAUACAGCCUUUACCUUUUAGGCCUCUUAAAGUGUGUGUUGCAUUGGCGACACUUAUGCCUUCUGAAAGAUGAGAAACAAGUCAAAGUGCUGUUCUCGAUCUGGCCAUGUUUAUUUAUAAAGCUGCCAAUAGUCACUACAAGUACACAAUAAGAACAGAUGGCCCUCCGAAGCAAAGACUCUGACAAAAGAGAGUUAAAAUGUGUGUAAACAUUAACAUCAAUAUACCCCCAUUUCCAGUGGCUCAGUUUAAGCCCAAUGUAUUCAGCGGAGCCUAUGCUGUUUGGCCUUGGAGUUCACAAGCUGAUGCCCAGCUGAUGGUCUCUUUCAUCAGAGCCGAACGAGUGCUAAUUGCUGAACCAGAGCAGAGGAGCACAUCGGAGUGGAGAGGUGAUUAAAUCCAGCCUUUAAAGUGGAGGGGAGGUAGGGCUGCACGCUCUCUCUCUCUCUCUCUCUCUCUCUCUCCCCCCCUCUUCUCCACUGACGUAGGCAAGCCCACCCUUAACAGCCUUCCCCCUCCUCCUGGGAGUGUGUAAGCAUUUGUGACUGUGAUCGCAUGCUCUUGUAUGUGUGUUUGUGUGGCUGCGAAAGGCUCUGGCACUUGCUGGCAGGGCUCAGUGCUCCCGCUCUCAAUGCCAGCGCCGCUGCGAUUUGCUUGCUUGCCCGUACACACGCAAACACACUCCUCCCCCCACACACUCUGUCAGGCUGGGCUCUGGAAACGGCAUGGAAUGGAAUCUCAGAAGGAUGGAAAGCGAGCUAAGGCAGAUCAAUCCGGACUUGCUGCAGCCCAGCAAGAGCUUUAAGAAGCCCUCCUCAGGCACAAUUACCCUCAAUGUGGGGGGCUACUUGUAUGCAGCACAGCGGCAAACUCUAGCCAAACACCCAGGCUCUCUACUUGAAGAGCUCGUCAGUGGUAAGAAAGCCGUGCUGCAUGUAGACUCAAUGGGCAACACGUUUAUCGAUCGUGAUGGGCCUGUUUUCCGUCACAUUUUGAAUUUCCUGAGGACCGGAGAGCUGAUCCUGCCAGAUGACUUCAAGGAACUGGCACUACUACAGCGCGAGGCAGACUUCUACCGGCUGAGUGAGCUAGCUCAGGCGCUACAAGAGUGGGAGCAUCAACAGGCAAGUCAGCGUGAGCCUGCCUUCCUAGAGGUGACUGAUAGCCACGAGCGCUCACAUGGCCUCAAGGUCUACUGUAGCGAUGCAACCUUCAUCGAGAAAGUCAAAACACGCCUGGUGCAAAUCUCCAAGAGUCGUCUGGAUGGCUUCCCUGAGGAGUUUGCGGUCUCAUCCAACAUCAUCCAGUUUCGGCAUUUCAUCAAGUCCGAGCAGGGUUCACGUCUGGUGCUCAAGGAGGACAGCACCUUCCUGUGCACUCUGGAGACGCUCAAGCUUGAAACAGUCAUGAUGGCUCUUAAAGCAGGUUUCCGCCUGCUCACCUGCCUGGACAGUAGCCGGGGAUCGGUAGUGCAAUGCGAGGCUCUGCACUUUGUCAAGUGACCCAAACCAGCACAAAAGUAACCAUCAACCCACAUUGAUGUUUCCAGCCAUCAGCACAGGACCUGCACUGUAUUUAAAAGAGAACAUUCUGCAAUUUAUGCUGCUUCUGCAUUCCUUCAGAUCUUACUAACCAGCCUUGAGAAGUAAAAAAAAAAAAAAAAAAAAAAGUGUUAUGUAUUGUGUUUUCUUCUGGCAAACUCUGUAUAACGUUUCAUUUGACAAACUAGUAUUAAAAAAAAAAAAAAAAAAAAAAAAAAAAAAAGAGUAUAUGGAUAAUGGCUUCUGAACUGCAAUGUAUUAUAGAAAACCUUUUGACUUCUUUUCGGAAUCAUUUCAGAUAAGAGGAAAUGGUUCAGAACAGGCUGCAUAGGUACAACUACUGUGAUGUCUGAUCAACAGGUUGAAAUACAUAAUGCAUGUGCUAAUAUUAUUCCCCUUUGGGAGCAAAUGUUGUAAUUGCUGGUGUUGUGAAAAAGUAAAGUUGACAGCAAAAUCUUAUUCAGAACCUGUUAAUGUUUUGCAAAAUAAAGAUUAAAACAUAGUAAAUUGUACUACAUGCCUUAUUUAAUGUUUUUUAUAUUGUUUGAUUUAUGUUUUUAAAGAGAUCAAUAGAUUUUUUUGGAUUAGAUACUAAUUUAAACAGUAAUGAAUGACGUCUAUGUAGUAGUAAUAGAGAAGCUGUGUAUACGCUUGUAUACAGAGUUGCAUGUGUUCAGUAUAGACAUAGGUAAAAUUCAUUUCCUGAGUAAGACUGAAGACACUGACUACACUGUGCCCUAAAUAAAUCUGCAAUAUUCUGUUUGACCUAAAAACAGGGCCAUUGUUCAAUAAUUAUUAAAUUUCUCCUCAAGCACCGAUCCUAAUUUAAAGCAGCCAAGCUUUUACUUUGUGACAGAACAUACAAAAUACCAUAUACAGAAACUAUGUAUAAAUACAACCCUCCAUAUGUACUUGGAUCACAGUCACUGUUACCUAAUGCAGUGAGAGCUUUCAAUAUGCUUGUAAUACUUGACAUUCUUAUCGGACAUUAUUUUAUCAGUGAUCUGUUUGACAAAGUAAUGACAGAUACUAACUAAG